AUGUCAGAAGCAUCAGAGUUAUUAUCACAAGGUGCCGGAUAUGGGGUUCUUAUAGGUGGUGGUGUUAUUUUCACUUUAUUCAUUCUUAUAACAACAAAACUAAAUAAUAAAUACUUGAAUGAAGAUUCCAAAUCAACAGAAAUGUUCAUGGUUGCCAAUAGAUCCGUUGGUAUUGGACUCACUGCAAGUUCAGUUUAUUCAAGUUGGACAUGGGCUACUGAAUUAUUAUGGGUAACAGCAAUGGUAUAUAAUUAUGGAGUUCAAAGUGCAUUUUGGUAUGCAGCUGGUGGUUCAAUUCAAAUUUGUCUUCUUGCAAUUAUUGGAAUUGAAUCAAAAAAGAAAAUCCCAACAAGUCAUACAUGUUUAGAAAUUGUUCAAUUAAGAUAUGGGAAAGUUGCACAUAUUCUUUAUAUGAUAUUAUGUUUGAUUAAUAAUUUAGUCUCUGCAAGUUCAAUGAUUCUUGGUGCUGCUGCUGCUAUAAGUAUGAUGUGUGAUAAUUUACAUAUUGUUGCAAGUAGUUUAUUAAUACCAUUUGGUGUGUUAUUAUAUACAAGUUUUGGUGGUUUAAAAUCAACUUUUUUAACAGAUUAUGUUCAUUCAUUUAUAUUAUUGAUUAUAUUAUGCUAUAUCAAUACAGCUGCCAUAUCAAGUGAUCAUAUUGGAGGUGUCGAUGGUCUAUAUAACAAGGUUGUAUCAAGAGAAUCUGCUGGUGAAUUAAGAUAUAUUGAUGGUAAUUAUAAAGGCUCAUUUUUAACUGGUAAAUCUCAAGGUGCUUUGUUCUUUGGUUUGAUUCACUCUAUAGGUGAUACUGGAUUAACUAUAAUGGAUUCAUCAUAUUGGCAAAAAUCUUUCAGUGCAGAUGUAAAGGCAAAUGUACCAGGUUAUCUAAUUGCAGCUGUAUUGCUUUAUGCAAAUGAUUGGGCAAUUGGUGUUAUUUUAGGCUUAGCAAAUGUAAUUAUUGAAGAUUUACCAAUAUUUCCAACUUAUCCUAAUAAGAUGACUGAUUUAGAGGUUAAUUCUGGAUUUGGGUUAAUUUAUACGGUAAAAGCUUUAUUGGGUACUGGUGCAUUAAGAGCUUUAUUAUUGGUGAUUUACCUAAGUGUUACAUCAACAGUUAGUGCACAAUUGAUUUCAGUUAGUUCGAUUAUAAGUUUUGAUAUUUUUAAAAAAUACUUAAAGCCAAAUGCAACUAAUAAACAAUUAAUCAGAAUAAGUCAUCUUGGUGUUGUGUUUUUUGGAUUCUUCGCAGCAGGAUUUUCAAUAAUGUUACAAUAUGUUGGAGUUGAUAUGACAUGGUUUGCAUAUUUUUAUUCAAUGAUUAAUUGUCCUGGUGUAAUUCCAAUGAUUUUCCUCUUAACAUGGAAACAUCAAACUAAAGCUGCAUUUAUUAUUAGUCCAAUAUUAGGUAUUAUUGGUGGAUUAGGAGUUUGGAUUGGUACUGCAUAUAAGCUACAUGGAGAAGCAACAAUCAAGACUCUUGGUGAACAAUUACCAUGUCUUUAUGGUGGGUUAACUGCAUUGUUAUUACCAGGUUUUGCUACUGUUUUGAUAAGUUUAAUUAAACCUGCAAAUUAUGAUUGGAAUUUAUUAACAGAUAAAAGUCAUUUAAUUGCAAUUGAUCAAUCAGAAGUUGAUAAAUUCGAAAAAGAUAUCAAUGCUGGGUCCAAAUUAGAUUAUAAUUUAUCUACUUUAGAGAUUGGAUUCUCAAAUGAAAAUGAAAAUGCAAAUGAAAGUAAAGUUGAGCUAGAGUCAGGUUUAAGUCACUCAAAUGAUCAAAAAAUAAUUAAUAAAUAUCGUAUAAUUGCAUAUGUAUCCUCAAUAUUAAUCUUAUUGAUAACAUGGGUUUUAUGGCCAUUACCUUUAUAUAGAGAUUAUAUUUGGUCUAAAGCAUUCUUCAGAGGUAGUACAAUAAUGGGUUUGGUAUGGUGUUAUGCUGCAUUUAUUGGAAUUGGGUUAUAUCCUUUAUAUGAUGGUAGAAACUCUUUCAAAAGAAUAUUCAACGGUAUUAGGGGUAACGUUAAGGACUUUAGAAAUACUAAGAAAAUAUAA